GCUUCGACGUCUACUUGGACCCCUUCGAGCGGCCCGUGGAUCAUUCGCACGUGCCACGCGUGCGCCGACGUGAUGACAGGGCCUACUGUCACGUGCUCGGCGUGCCACGCGCCCGUGCACAGCCACUGCGUGGUGAGGCGCAUGAGCUGCAUGGUGUGCACGAGCUGCGCCAACGAGAUGGACUUCGCCUUCGCGAACCAUCAGGCACAGCAGAGGAUGGCGAUGAGCUCCGCGGGCUUUGGGCGUUUCAUGAGCGCCAGCGGCCAGUACGCAGGGCAAGCCAUCGGCGCGGUGGCCACUGGGGCCGUGGGAGGGGCGGCCAGGUUGAUGACAGGCUGCGCCUCGGGUGCCGUCUCGGCGAUCCGGGGCAUGCGCGCUGUGGAGCUGCCGAGCGCGCCUGCGCCGCAGCGCCCGCGCUUCCUCGAGCAGUUCGACAUCUCGGACGCGGGCUCGGGCAGCGGCGUGCCGACCGAGGUGGCGGACGUGAUGGCCGAGUUUAGCCGGAUGCGCGCGGAGAUGGAGGCUCUGAGGGAGGAGAACGCCAGGAGAGUGAGGAGACAGCGAGGCCUGGAGGAGGACCAGGGGCAGCAGGAGAUGAACGUGACGAUCGUGAGGACGUUCUCGGCGAGGUGCUGCCCAAGGACAUCAGCUGCCCAGCUUGCCGGGGCCAGCACAGGAGCCAUACGAGGGACGAGCAUUGCCGGCUCGGCCCACUUCUUCGGGACGAUGGCCGUCCAGGUGCUUUUGGGCGCGGAGGUGGUGACAUCUACUCGUGCCCAGCGUGCCGAGGACGGCAUGACGCACAUUCUCGUGACCAUCGGUGCCGACUCGGGUCAGGAGAUCCAGCGCGAGAGCGGUAUGACCCUGACGCCGAUGAAGACCCUAAAUGCUGCCUUCGGCUCGGAGCGCGAGAAAUGGCGCCAAGCUUUGGAAGCGGAGCUCAUCUCCAUGACGGAGAAUGAGGUCAUCAGGAAGCUCUCGGGCCCAGAGCUGCGAGAAGUACGGCCUCGAGACGUGCUUCCUAUGAAGGUGGUGGCUGGGGAGAAGGCUGCAGAUUCUACCGGAUACCGGAAGAAGAAGGCCAGGGGCGUCGUGUGCGGCAACUUCGAGGACGAGUCGGACGAGCCGGUGUACUGCAGCAAUUUGGACAUCGCAUCGCUGAGGGCUUCAUUGGCGGUGGCCUGCAAGAAUGGCUGGAGCCUCGGGGUCAUGGACGUGUCGACCGCGCCGCCUGCUGUUUUUGUCCAGUACGGCUUGGUUCCGGAGGGCGAGCUGUGGGUGGCGGAGAAGGCCAUCUACGGACUGAGGGUCAGCCCGAAGGCCUGGAGCGACAAGCGGGACGCUGAUAUGAAGUCGCUCGUCGUGGAUAUCGGGGGCGAGCCGCACGUGCUGCGGCAAUCGACUGCUGAUCCGGCGGUCUGGGCCGUGGUGCCGCAGCAGGGCGGCGACGUCGUUGGCUACGUGCUGGCGUACGUGGACGACUUCUUGAUGAUGGGGUCGGACUCCGCAGUGAUAGCCUUGAGGGACAAGCUGGGGAAGCUCUGGCGCACGAGCUCGCAGCCGAUCGUGAGCAGGUCGGCACCCGGCACGCUCCGGUACCUGAGCAUCGACAUCGAGCUCAGGGCCGACGGCACUCUGACGCUCGGGCAGCGCCAGUACACCGAGGAGCUGCUCGAAAAGUGGGGGAUGCUCCAUUGCAGUGGGACGGGGAGCAUCAACUUCGAGAAGGAGUCUUUCGAGCACUUCAUGGCCACCUCCUCCAGGGACGAUGGCGACGACGACGAGGCACCUGAGGUGAAGCUGUCCGAUGUCCGGCUGGCCCAGAAGAUGGCCGGAUGCCUUUUGUGGCUGGCCUCCCGGACGCGCCCAGACAUAGCGUACGCCGUGUCGCGAGUGGCUUCGAUAGCGACCACCCGCCCGCUGACGAGCCUCUGCUUCGGCAAGAAGGUCUUGAGGUACUUGUCCAGCACUCGCCGCAUGGGGCUCUACUACCUCCCCGGCGGCGGAGGCGGAGGUGGAGACGACCAAGGCGACGGCGGCGAGCAGGACCCGGAGGCCGCCUUCGUCCAGACAUUCGCGGACGCUUCCCACGAGGACGUGGGAACCCAGACAAGGGUUGCUACGUAUCUUGACGGCUGCCUGAUCGAUUGGAGGUCGGUCAGGCAACAAUUGGUAGCUUUCUCCACUUGUGAAGCCGAGGUCAAUGCACUUGCCAUGGGCGAGAGCGUGCAAUCGUCAGUUGUGGCAACUCUGGAGAGCAUGCAGAUCAAGUGCUGUGCCGUUCUGUAUGGAGAUAACAGCGCCGCCAACCAGAUUGCGACUGGCAGGGAGACGUGGCGCACGCGGGCCCUCUCGACCAAAGUUAACGCGAUUCGUUCGCGUGUCGAGCGAGGUCUUUUGACUCUCCAGUUCGUCGCCACAUCUUUUAUGAAGGCCGACGGGCUGACGAAGUGCGGCGGAGUACCGCACGCGCAGCGCACCAGAGGCCAUUUUGGCCUUCGCCCGCUGUGA